AAGAAAAAAAAUUAAAAAAAUACAUAAUGAGUUAUCAUCAGUCAAUUGAGGGGCAGGGAGUAACCUAUUUUGAGGAAGCAUUUUUCUAUAUAUAGAGAAAGAGAAAGAGAGAUAGGAGGAGAGAGAUAGAUGGCGAUGCAACAGAAGAGUUGGAGAAAUAGCAGUAAUGGAGGUGGGACAUGGUAGAGUGCUGACAACGAUGAGAGCUAUGGAGGUUAUGAGCUCUUCAAGUUCAAGUUCAAGUUCGUCUAAGAGAAGAAAGUUAGCGUCCAAUCUUCAUGAACAACUCCUUAACGUCAACCACCGCUACGUCCUGAAUUCGCCGGAGAACUUGGUGUCGUCGUCGCCGGCUUCAGAUCGCCUUGCGGAGGAGUGUGAUUGUCCGAGAAACUUGUCCACCACAGAGUUCGAUAAAGAAGGAUUGGGAUCCUUAGAUCUGAAUAAGGUUGAAUCACAAGAAGCCUGUAGUUUUGAAAAUGAGAUCUCCACGCUCAUCAACUGCAGAUUCAGAAGAGAGAUGACUCCGUCAAGCGAGUUUUCGACAGACAAGGACGAACUGGAGUCUUCGACGGUAACAAAGCCAUCAUCAGCGGCGAGUCUCCUCCGCAGGAAACAUCCAGUGGCAAAGAUGCCAUCAGCAGCGGAGAUCGAAGAGUUUUUUUCCACGGCGGAGAAGUUAGAGCAAAAGCUAUUUGCAGACAAGUAGGUACAACUAUGAUAUAAAGAAGGAUCUGCCAAAGGAGGGUCGGUACCAGUGGGUUAGAUUAAAGCCAUGAUGAUGAAGAAGAGAGAGAGAAAGCGAGAGAGAGAGAGAGAGUUGAAGAGGAGACAGUGACAGUGUUUCAAUGACACAAUGGACAUCAUUCUUCUUUCAGGAAGGUUAUCCUUGUUACAUGUAUUAACUUUCUAUCUAUCUAUAUAUGUGCAAAGAACCUCUUCGAUUCAAUUCGAUUCGGGCACCACACUCAGAGAAGCUUCUUCUGGGAUGAUCCAUCUCUUGAAUUUAUUUAUUUUUUUCUUGUUUUUUUACACAAUUUGAUUCCUACAAAUACUUGUUCUUUUUCUGUCAGUUUUCACUAGUGGUGGUGGUCCAGCAGAGAAAGUAAUUAAAAGUGGAAUUUAUUUGAGCUUCGUUUGCUUCUUUUUCUAGAUUUGUCACUUUCUAUCCAUCUUUAAGCCCAAUUUUGCAA